AUGGUGCACACCGAGGGGAAAGCAGCGCGAGCGAGGUGGGGGGAAGACGGAAGGAGCGGGCAGACGAGUCAGCCAAUUGGACGUGCGCUAAAUUUGGCGGCGGCCACGGCCACUGCGCUGUGCUCUUCUCCCUUCCACCACCGACAGUCGUCAAUCAGUCCACCUCGUAUAUUUGUCUGCCAAGCCUCCGUCUCUUCGGCCCUUCCCACCCGUUAUUUUGGGACGCAUACAUAUCUACCCAGCCUGUCCAAACAACCUCUCAUUGCAUCCACCAUGUCAGACAGCGCCCAGACAGUUCCACCACAAUCCGAACCUGCCGACUCUCCGACCCCUUGGAAGCCGUUGCCCGUUGAAAAACUCCCUCCCCGGCCGGCCCCUACGGAGGCCUAUUCUUGGAGAGAGUACAAUCCAAAUGCUAGACGCAUCUAUAUUCGCGAUCAUCAUCAGGCCAAUGUUGAACUAGCUCGGCUCUGUCUCUGGGACGAUGUUCUAGGAUUUGAUCUCGAAUGGAAACCCAACUUUGUGAAAGGCGGUCGAGAAAACCGCACAGCUCUCGUGCAGCUAGCCAAUCGUGACAACAUCCUGCUCGUGCAGAUCAGUGCAAUGCAAGAAUUCCCGAUCCAACUGAGAUUGCUGCUCGAGAAUCCAGGUAUCGUCAAAUGCGGUGUUGCUAUUCAAAGCGAUGCGAAAAAGAUUUUUAACGACUUCAGGCUGUCCGUGCGGAGUUGUGUAGACCUUUCCUUACUAGCACGCACCGUCGACAAUGCCCGCUGGAGAGGGAAGUACAACUCCUCCCUUGGCCUUGCCCAUCUCGUUGAGAGCUACGAGUACAGGAUGCUCUUAAAGGGCAAGAUUACUCGCACCAACUGGGAGAGAGUGCUCGACUUAGAUCAGCAAGAAUAUGCGAGCAACGACGCCCAUGCGGCCUAUGUCCUCUAUAGAAAGCUCGCGAACAUGGUUCCCUCGAUGGCUAGUCCGCCCGAACCCGUAUGGUAUUCGUUUAACGCGGUUGGAGGCUCAUUCCUCACUCCGGAAGGCAAACCAUGGCAAGCCCAAAAUCCCAGCUAUGACCCUGGGCCAUCGCCUCCUCCCCGAGACGACAAGAAUGACCGUAAGAGUAAACGAAAGGCCGACGGCGACGUCAUUCCUGAGCAGCCUGACGGGGCUGAGCCGAACAAAUUGCUUCGGUGGCAGCCUGGAGCCCAGCAUCCCCAGCAAGCUAUAAAUCCUCCUGUUGUAAAACCUUUACACCCUUUCUCGGUUAAAGGGCCAGCUCAGCCCGUAGUAAUCAACGGAUUCAAGACCGUUCCUGGGGGAGAUUCGUCGGGCUGGCGUCUCAGACAGCCGGCUCAACCGACCAGUGGGUCCUCGAGCAACCCAGGAAGCAAUUUUACCUCUGCGCAGCGUCCUUUCAAUGCCCCGAACGCGUCCCGGCACAUGAAUACACAGAAGCCAGGUGAUCGAGUCACCAUAACUGGUACGAACGAACGUGUUUCACGACCGCGGUAUGACCCUACGAAACUCCCCUCCAGCUCCAGUCACGCUCUUGCCUCCCAUCCGAGGGCCACCCAGGCUGCAAAUAGCCCUGCAAGCAUCCCGCAAGAUGCACCGCCUCCUCACAAGAAAAGAACACGGACAAAGCGGAAAAAGCAAGGUUCAAAUUCUGCACCACCAAACCCGACCAACGCUUCCUAA